AUGUCAAUGGAAUCUGGGAACAGUGCAGAGGAAAGUAAAAUGGAUGAACUGAAUGAAACAGGUUCAAGUAACCAAGGAGAAAGCAAUGUUAGAAGUGGUGGUAGGGGUCGUGGAAGAGGUCGUGGAAGAGGUCGUGGAAGUGGUCGUGGAAGUUGUGGAAGAGGUCGUGGAAGAGGUCAUGGCAAUAGCAGGGGUAGAGGACAAAAUCGUGGACGAAACUUAGCCCCAGAGGAGGAUAGCGAGCAGAAUCAAGCCAAUCAUGAACAAGCAUUACAGGUAAUGCUCCAGUACCUUUUAAAAUACUGGACAAUCUUUUGUUUUAACCCUUUAAGUGGCAAUGCGCCAGGAUGUGCCAUACUCUAUUUAUUUUUCUCUGUCUAACGCCAGACGAUUUUACUCGUCAGGGGAAAAGUACUGCCACUCAAUUGGUAACACAUAAUCAAUGUGCCAAUGUUGUAAUUAGUUUAAUUUUAUUAAGUAAUUACAGUGCCCAUAUUUUAUUUAUCAACAAUGGCUUUAUAUAUAGUAUAAUAUACAUAUGAAACGUUUGUUUACAUUAGUAAACAUAUUGACACAGAUAUCGUUGGACAUUUUAAAUGGUGUAAAGGGUGUUCUCCCAUAAAUUUUUAUUUUGUGAACAGAUAAAUCUUCAAUUCAUGAUUUUGAAGGCUGUUUUUAGUGAUAGUAUUCUAUGUUAAACUUUUCUUUUAGAACCUAGUAGAAAGCUUAAAUAUUGAUGUUUUAAGGAGAUUAGCCCUAGAGCUUAUGAGAAGACAACCAUCUGUAUAUGCAGACAUUACCAAUGGUAAUUUGUUCAGCACACUUGCUGAAGGUGAUGGAGAUCCACCCCCUCCUCCAAAUGAGAACACACCAGAUUGGUGCAAAUGCGGAGAAUGCAGAGUUAUGCCCACAGAGUUGGAAAAUAAAUGCUGUGCUAAAGUGGAACGCCCAUGUAUAACCAACAAUGCAUUAUUUCAUCAAUUGGUCUUAGAUGCAAAUGUUUUACACCUUGCCAUGCAAUAUAGAGAAGAUGUACUUGUGCUAGAUAAUGUAAGGAACAAUGAGCAAUUCCGACAUGCUGCCUACAGGCAGUAUGUGCUAUGGCAGCAUGGUCGAUUGGGCCAAGGUAACAGGCGAGUUAUCCCAAGUUGCUGUGUACUAAAAAUCCGUAAUCGUUAUCCAUCUGCAAGUGGGGUUUACACAGGAUACAAGCCAGCCAGAUUAUAGCAAUUCUGCAUCUCCAAUCAUAUGUUACUAUGUCCAAUAGAAUAUUUUGCAAGCUUGUAUAUUAACAUUAAAUUUAUUUACAGUUUACACUGCUAUUUAAGGUGGCUCGAUAUAAUAAUUCUCACAAAAUGCAAAAAUAAAUCUUUAUGCAGCAUGAAAUUGGAAUGUACAAAACCACAUGAUCAUGCAUUCAUUUCAUCAGGAAUAUGAACAAAAUAACUUUCAAUAUGAAUAGCUGACAUGGCCAAUUAGUGACACCAUGCUCAAAUCUUUCGUAUUGUAUUGUGUUACAAAAAUAUUGUAUUGGAAAUAAGAAAAUUCAGUAAUGCCAAACAUAUUUAAUGUAGUAACAUUUUCAAAGAAAAUGGUAUUACAAGAUUUUAUGUAUUUUGUCUGUUGUUAGUCCAUGUUCCUGAAAAAUGUAUCGAGCCACCUCAUAUAUAAUAUACACAGGGUUCAUAUACUGCUCUGGAAAAGUAAAUUUCAAGGAGUAAUACCAGAGUUUUUAAGGGGUAAACAGUAUUUUUCAAGGGGUAUUUACGGUGUUUUAUUAAAGUCACUAUAGGCAAUACAUUUGAAAAGUUCAAAAAUUUCUCAUGUUAAUUAACUAGUCAAGAAUAAAAAUGUUAAAAGAAAAACAACCGAAAUAUCACCAGACAUAAUAGCGCAUGUUCACAAUUUCUCUGAUCACAAAUUCAUGAUCACUGAUUAUAAUGACAACUAA